CCAAUAUGAACUUUGAACUUCAAUGAAUUACAGCGGGAUAUGCCAGUUAGCUUGCUAGCUGGAUAGCUGCUAGCAUAACAAAAUCUGAUGGGAGCUACGAGGAUAGGAUAGGAUAGGUGGUACAGGAGCCACCGACAUCGGCAUUUGACCCAUUGUCUGCCAAGACAACCAACAUUACAGUUCUGUCACGGCGAAUACUUGUGAAUGAUGGAAUGCAAUUGUGGAUUAAGACAUCGAAAAGAUCGAUGGUAUUACUGCCAUACCUGUCAGAUACAGGGACACUGAGAUCAAUUUGUUGGCUCUCUAACAAAUGUCGAUGUACUUCUAGCGAUUCUAACUAGCUAUAACUAAGCAGGCUAGCCGUCGCAAGAUAGACAGGCUGCUAGCAUUCAUAUCUGUCUCUAUAAUGUUAGCUUGCUAGCCAUUCUAAACUUUCUUGUCAUUACCAGAGAAAACGGGCUCUGUCAUUACCAUUUCAGAAUUUCUCGCUUAUUAUUCGUACCCCUCUUCUAAGCGGCUAACAGGUGAUAGCUGUCAUUCACAAGAUGACCGCAAGCUAACACUAAUCCAGCUGCCCAGGUAGUUUGGUUGGGACCUUAACGCGUUAAUACGCUGACUUUACAGAGAAAAUGGGUUGCAACGUUAGCAAGCAAUCUGAGAUAGUUGUGUAAACCUAUUAGCCGGACGAUUCUUCCUACCUUUAACGUUACUUUAUUUUCAUAGCAGCAGCAUUUUGUUAGUCGGGCAGACAUAAUUUAUGUUUGGACAUCACUAAUGUUAACUCCUCUUACAGUCACACUGUAAUGUUAACUUAACAUUUCGUUUCGGUUAAGAUUUGCUCACCCUAAUUUGUGUUAAACGCGAACGUUAGGCUGACUAGUCCGACAUUACUAGAACUAACUGUUAGCAAUUUGAUAAUACUCCACAUAUCUAAUGUUAGUUAGCAUAGCGAACUGGCUACCGUUAAAUUAUCCACCAUAACGUAACGUCAGAUCAUCUUGCUUCCUUUUAGUCAAAUGAUGUGGAUAUGCUGUAUCUAGUUAAGAAACGUUAAAUCCAUUUUCACAAAUCGUCGGUUAUUUCAACCUCCGAAGAAAGGAAGAUAACAUUAGCUACACAGCCAACGUUUAACAACGUGUUAGACAGCAAAAUAGUCAAGUUAACAGUAACAAUAGCGAGCUAGCUUCACUAGCCAGGGUGCCGUGCAGAAGAUAUGGCAGCAGACCUUCAAUCAAAAUAUACCAAACUGGCCCAGGAGUAUUCAAAGCUCCGGGCCCAGAACCAAGUCCUGAAGAAAGCUGUGGUGGAUGAGCAGGCCACCUCUGCUUCAGUGAAGGAUGAGCUGAAGCAGAGGGAGCAGAGCCUGAGGAAGGUGGAGCAGGAGAUGGACAGCCUCAGCUUCAGGAACCAGCAGCUGGCCAAACGGGUGGAGCUGCUCCAAGAGGAGCUGUUGGCCUCUGAGGCAAAGGGCAAGAAGAGCAAGAGUAAAGGAGACUCACCCUCCCAGCCGAACAUGCAGACUCAGAUUGUGUUUGAUGAGGACCUACAGAAGAAGAUUCAGGAGAAUGAGAGGCUCCACAUUCAGUUCUAUGAGGCCGAUGAGCAGCACCGGAGGCAGGAAGCCCAGCUGAAAGCUCGCUUGGAGCAGCUGGAGAAAGGCUCCGAGCAACACCAGGCUGUGGUUGACGGCCUCACCAGCAAGUACAUGGAGACCAUCGAGAAGCUGCAGAGUGACAAGGCGCGAUUAGAGGUUAACGCACAGACAUUGGAAAGGGAGGCCAAGGACUGUCGAAUACGCACAGAGGAGUGUCAGCAGCAGCUGAGAAAGUACCAGAUGGAGCUGAACCGGCAGCUGAAACAAAGCAGCAGUGUCAUCCAGGAGAAAGUGCCCUUCAACGACACCAAAUUUAGUGAUUACAACAGCUUGAACGUUCCUCCACACAACCGGAGGCACCAGCUGAAGGCUCGUGAUGUGGCGGGACAGGCCCUUGGGUUCGUCCAGAACCUGGUGGCGGCCCUUCUCAACCUCCACUCCUACACUGACCAGAGGGUGCACAUCUACCCCCUGGACUCGUCCAUAGAGACCAUCUCCCCCCUCAACCAGAAGUUCUCACACUACCUGAACGAGAACGCGGCCUACGUGCGCCCACUUGAAGACGGCCUUUUGCAGCUGCACCAAAGCAUCACGGAAGACACUGUAACCAUGCUGGAGACGGUUAACAAACUGCAGGACUUCUCAAAGUACUUCACCGCCUACACACACUUCCUUCAGAAGAUCUUGCCCUACCAACUCAAAAGCCUUGAGGAAGAGUGUGAAGCCCCUCUCUGCAGCACCUCCCUCACUUCCAAAAACCAGGAGCUGCAGAAUGACAUGAAGAGAGUUACCUCUGUAUUUGAGAAACUUCAGACCUACAUCAGUUUACUGGCCUUACCGAGUUUGCAGGAGGAUGCCAUGCCUCAGAGCAGCUCCAGCGCGGUGUUCACCCAGCUAGCUGCCUCCCUUCACAGCCUUCACGACGCCAUUAAAGAGAUGUCAAAGCAUUACAGCCAGAAGGCCAGCCUGGAGCAGGAGCUGCCCACGGUCACCCAGAAGCUGCGCACCACCAACGAGUGCCUGCUGUCCUCACUGGGCUCCCUCACAAACAGCACCCAAAAGAUUGCGACCUUCUUCAGCAACAACCUGGACUUCUUCACCUCGUCCACCGGCUACGGCCCCAGGGGGGGCUCGGGGACCCUCAACCCGGUACAGGCAGAGAGCAUGCUGGGUAACAAGAAGCAGGCAUCAGCCUACAUGCAAGCUGUCAGGAAGGCCAGGCCGCAGUCUGUCCCCUACACCGAGGCCCUAACCAACCGCCACGUGCUGACCAGCUCCACGGAGAGUCGAGAGGGACUCACACAGCAGGUGCUGCAGUCUCAGGAGAAGAUUGCUCGUCUGGAGCAGGAGAAGGAGCACUGGCUGCUGGAGGCCCAGCUGGGCCGCGUGCGGCUGGAGAAGGAGACCCAGCGCAUCACCGAUCUUGAGGCCCAGCUCUCCGCCGCGAUGGGGGGUGCUGCUCCCACCGCCCAGGCCCCCGUCACCCCCGCACCCCACGACAGCCCCGGCUCGUCAGGGUUUCAGGACCAGGACUGUGAGGAGAGAGGAGCUAGCAAGGAGGCCACCCAGAGCACGAGCCUGGUCGGCAUGCUGACCACGACGACUUGCAGUGAAGAUGUGAGUGAAGAGGAGUCACGAGAGCAUCUGAUUAAGUCCCAUUACAUGUCGCGAGUGGCCGAGCUCACCUCCCAGCUGCAGAUGGCCGACAGCAAAGCCGUGCACUUCCACGCCGAGUGUCGUGCCCUGGCCAAACGGCUGACCAUCGCUGAGAAAUCUCGUGAGGCCAUGACGGAAGAGUUGAAGGUGGCCAAUCAAAACAUUUCACGACUGCAGGAUGAGCUGGCCACGACUAAGCGCAGUUAUGAGGAUCAACUGAGCAUGAUGAGUGAUCACCUGUGCAGCAUGAACGAGACCCUGAGCAAGCAGCGCGAGGAGAUCGACACACUCAAACUGGGCAGCAAGGGAAAUUCUAAGAAGAAUAAGGGCCGGUAGUGAUGCACCCGGUCCCAAGGACACCGCGAGGGAAACUGGAGGGAUAAGCUAUGGGGCCAUCCAGCACUGUCCUGCCAUCGGCAACGAAGAGAAAGAGAGAGAGAGAGCGAGAGAAGGAGAAAGAGUGCGAGAGCCCACUCUCCUGCAAUUCUCUCUAUCUUGCUGGGGUGCUCUGGGGAGUGAGUGUGUGUGCUGCUCUGCUCUCUUCUAGAGGAAACCUGAUUUAUUUUUUCUUUUCUAUUUCUCCCAUCCGGUUCCAUACACGUGUAUGAACUGUAUUUGUGAAGUGCUUCCUGGAGCUGGCAGGAAGCAGCUGCCCACUGCUCAGCACAUGACGCCCAGCACAGGAGGGGCCGAGCCUGAGGAAGUGCUUAUAGAUUCAGGGGCCCCAACGCUUUACUUACUUACUGUUUGAACGUGUGUGUGUGUGUGAGAGAGGGGGAGUGAGUGUGUGUGUGUGUGUGAGAGAGAGGGAGGUGUGCGUACAUGUGUGUGUGACUGAGAGAAGAGAAGGAAAAUUGUAUGAAUUGUGUGGCUACACACACACACACACACACACACACACACAAACGUGGGAUAAAUUCAUGUCAAACACAAGGACUUUUGUCUUGGGCAUUGGGUGUGGGAUCAUUUUAAUCAUGUGAGCUUGUGGUGAGAAUUCAUUUGUUCAUUUACAUGCGUGACGGAGGCACUGUUAAGGGACUGGCAGUGACAGUUUUUUUGUAUUAAUGUAUAACUUGUAUAAAUUUUAUAUGCAAAGAUAGUUGUAGAUGAGAGCAAAUAUGUACAAUGAAUAUAAAUGCACCAGUAAGUUCAUGAAAAAAAAAAAGAAUAGAUUUGCCUUUAUCUAGUUGGUAUGACAGAGAGGAGACUGAUUUGGACACACACACUUACAGUACCUUCCAAUUGUUUCUCUCAGUGUGUCUGGAGAAAGCUCAAAUAGCCAUUUGGUAUUUGAGGACUAGAGGCCAAGGGAAUCUGGAGAAAAAGAAUUGAUGGGCCUGUUAUUCAAAGUACUUUUAAAGUAGCGCUCUCAUAACUCAACUGUUAAUGGCUGUGCACUGACUUCUGUCUUUAGAGAGGCAGUUUGAAAAUAAAAUAGGGAUCACCAAUGGAUCAAAAAGGGUUACGUAUGAAUAUACACCUCUUGGGAGGGGGGAUCAUGUUUAAUAUGUGUCGUUCAGUGUGCUUUUUCUUUCUUUAAAAAAUGUACGUGCUACAUAGGCAUUUUAUUCAAAAGGCUCUGAAUGUUUCACUGAACCAAUGAAGUUGUUUCAUGUUGACGUGUCGGAAAACAAACACCAUCACUAGAUGUGCAAAGGAAGCAGUGAAAGAGUCGUUGGAGCUGCAAUGCUGCCGAUAGUUUUUUACACCAGUGGUGAUCUGACGUUUGGAAUAGAAAUACAUCUAUUCCAUUUCAUUUUCUGUGUGGCUUAUCAAUGCUAAUUUGUGUGAUGGUGUGUUGGCAAACUGCACAUUCUCCCCCAGUUAAUUGAAAGAGUUUCCUAACAACUCAUAUCAUCGUUUACAUGUGAAGUCAGAUUACUGGCAAGAUAGUUUACAGAUGACAUUUUCCAGUGAAUUUCCAUGCUAUUCUUUUUUUUAUAGGCACAGAAAAAGUUAACCACUGUGAGAACACAAAAUGUGAAUAGAUUGCCAACACACCUCCUUUGAGUGUCUGUGCAGAGAAAAUGUAUGUCAUUCAACUAAAAUUUCCAAAAUUAAAUUAAAAGUGCUACUCAAAA